AAGUUUUUGUUCAUAAAGGAUUUUAUAUGGAUUACCACGAUACUAUGAAGUUAAAACCAAUAGCCCCCACUCUUAUAGAACUGAAAGGAAAUUACCCCCAUUUUAAAUUAUUUAUUACCGGACACAGCCUUGGAGGCGCUUUAGCAACAAUCUGUGCUGCCGAUCUUUUUUUAAAUCACUCAAUUACUUUUGAUCAUUUUAUCACAUUUGGUCAACCGCGGGUUGGUAAUUCGAAUUUUGCCGCUUGGUGGGAGGAGAUCUUUAGAGAUAAGGACGUGCUUCGCGUCACUCACGCGAAGGACUUGGUUCCACAUCUUCCUUACGCUUUAUUCAAGUAUCAACACUUCGGGCCGGAGUUAUGGCAGAGGAAUGAAAGUUUAGACUCACUUUUAGAGUGCUCUUCAGGAGAAGAUAAAAACUGCUCAGAGCAGGAACACCCAACAUUACGUGAAGGCAUUGUAGAUCACUUAAAUUAUUUCGGCAUGGACUUGGGUAAUGUUUGUGAAGUGUAAGUGGGCGUGCAGCUUUUACCAUCUCUUUUUUCACCAUACACUGACUUCUUUUGAACAAAGCCUUAGCCAUA